UCUGGCAAAAAUCAAACUGGCGGCGCGCGACUCGACCGAACGACAUGCAAGAAAUGUCCCAAAUUUUCCGAAUGUUUUAUUUUUCUUGUGAAUUUGUAGUUUUUAUUAUACUUUUUGAAACAGUUUUGCUUCUGUGUGUCGAAAUUGAUAGUUGAAAAGGGUAAAUACUCAAUAGGAUGGGAGAAAUUAAAUUUGGCAAUACAGAGGAAUCGUCUAAGCUUAAUCUGUCAAUCAAUCAACAACGGAAUUAUCACCUGUCACAGCGAGCGCUCAUCUUCGCAUUUAUCAACCUUCUGGCAGCCAUUUUAUUCUAUUUUGAAAUAAAAAGUCAAUAUAUAUCUCAAUUGCUACAGUUUGAACAUCCCAUGAUAUGGUACUGUGAAUGUUUCCUAGCAACAGUUUUUAUAUUCAACAUGGCAAUUGACUUUAUUCGCUACAUCUUAUUUACUGUCGAUGCAACCCGCAAUCCUGUUGAGCUCACCCCUGAGGAGAGAAAAAUCUUUGGCGUUAAAGAUAAAGCAUUUGGCUUCAAGACAACACCAACCCGCUCUCGUGUCCACUCAGAUCCCACAAAUACGUCGUCAUCAUCAUACCGUCGAGCCAGUCCAAGUACAUCAUACAUAAAUACAUCCAACAAUGACGGAGCAAGUUUUCACUCACGGCACUCCGUAAUGGAAGGCAGUAACUCGUUUGUGUCACCAAAUGUAUUUUCCAACUCAUUUGUAACAAGUUAUUCUCCAACUAGACCCACUAGUUAUUCAACAUUUUCUAGGCCUCCGUCAGGUAGCCCCCACACACCCGUGUCAAACUACUCCCCCAUCUACAGAGAGUCAAGUGCAUCAUACCUAAAAGCAAGACACCAGUCCACCCCACUACCUGGAUCCCCAGUUGCAAUGGGGUCAGAUGAGGUCAUUACUGAUGCUGCAUCGCUCCAGUCAUACCUGAAGGCUUAUGAAGAAAAGGAGAGGAGAAACCAACUAAGCAGUUCUGAACUUUCACCAAGUGGUAGCCCGUCAUUUUGGACAUACAAUCGCACUGCUGCAGACUUCACUCCUGUGUUGCGUAAAUAUCAAUAUCAAUUAGCCAGUCGUUCACCCCAGUCCUCGUCUUCCCGUAACGACGAUGAUGAUGACCCCGAUUUUCCUGCUACAUUUGCUGCCAAUGAAGUGUGGUCGAAAGUGCAUGUAUCUAAGGAUAUGGUUGAGGAAUGGACUGCCAACUUAAGGAAGUGGAUAUUUCAGGCGAUAUUGAAACCGCUUGUUAAAGAGAUUAGCGUUAUUAAUGAAAGACUGACUCAGCUUGGCACACCAGAGUUAAAGAUUGGAGAAGUGAGCCUAACAUCGUUGAAGCAAGUUGCACACACCAAGGCCCAGCACCUACCUACCCUCAAUGCUGUGCUGCCUUACCUGGACAUCUCAGCCAACCAAGAGUAUUUAGUCGCCAGGAUCAGAGAGUUGGGAGCUGGUGGUAGCAUAAGUGAAUUCAGGUGGAAUAGUGGUGGAGUUCACAAAGGAAGAAAAUGGCAUCAGGAUCUACCCUCAGACUCUGCUAUUGUGAUGCACCUUUUGUGUAGCUACUUUAAUUUCCGUCUUCCACCGCACCCUAAGUACCCGGAUGGCAAGAUUUUCACCAGUAAGCAUUUCAUGAAGACUCCUGAUAAGCCUGAUUUGAAGAAAAAGGACAACCUUUUCCUGUAUCAAUCAAAAAUUAAUCCACCACAUUAUAAGCUAAUUAUCGGAGAUGACACUUGGGACUUGCCUAAGGGAAGAAGUAAUAUGUUCCAAUGCAUUCUGUUGUUCCUUCAUCACAUUAAGACUAAGGAGCAUGGUAUGCUAGGACGGGUGAAUCUAGGAGCUUCCGGUGUUAAUAUACUUUGGAUUAUUGACGAAUGAUGCAAGGAAGAAGUGAAAGAAACGAUAGUAUGAAACACUUGUUAUGAAUAGGCAAGAAUUUGAAUAAAUUCGCACUGGAUUGAUGAAAAAAGAGUUGUCCUACAUUCAGUUAAUGACAAAGCAUUAAUGUUGGGUAGUUGAUGAUCGCCGUGGCAGGUAUCGUUGACAAAUGUUCUACAUGACUAAGGUAUGCCGUUCAGAGUGAGGCGUUUUUUUUUGGAGCGUAUUGAAGAAGUAUUUUCCUUGAUAAUUAUCAAAGAUAGAAUUUAAUGAAUUUCUGACAAUGUGUAUUAAAAAUGUAUUUUCCUUUAAUUUGUGUAAAUUGAUAAAUUUAAUAUAGUGUUUAUUUGUCAUACAAUCUUUUAGAAGUUUAUCUAAAUCUUUGAUUUUAAUGUGGUAUGUAAUUAAUGUCAUGAAAUAUGCAGGUGAUGAUAAUAUCCAUACAGGUGUAAAUGACAUGCAUAUGUAAAUCAUCUAAUAAUACAAUUCAUCUCAUUUAAAGGUAUUAUGUACACUUUGCAUGUGUGUAUUGAUUACAUAGAUAAUACUACUAAAUGCAAGACGUUUGAUGAAGCGUUACAAGAUUUUAAACUGGGCGAUCAUAUUUUAAUACAUGUACUAAAGCAUACAAUGAACAAUAUUUUUAUGACCCUGCUCCGACCAAUGUAGUACGGUGGAUUUUGGUGGAUACACAAUUAGUUCAUGGCACCUCAUUUAUUUUGCGUGCUAGUAUUUCAACAUAGAGUACUAGGCUACUACUACAGGUGGAAGUAAAUGCAAGUAGCUUUGAUGGUUGCAAGGUGAGGCUAGGCUGAGUUAGCUAUUCAAAAUAAUUAGGUUGCGACUUAUAACCUGACAUGUACAAAUGCAUAUUCUCCAUCUUACUAAAACCAUAGACAAUCCAUACCUUCUCUUAGACACUCUAUUUUGAUAAAGAGAACAUAGUUGAUGAUUUUAUCUGUAAUUAACGAUUCUUAUUCAAUGUUAUGACUUUCUUUCAUGUCACAUUGUUAGAAUAAUUGCAUAACUGACAUUAUUUAUUUGUAUUUUGUAAGGACAAUAAUUUGCACUAUUUCAUGAAGUUCCUUUAUA